AUGGCGCCACCCCCGGCUCCGCUGCUGGUGCCGAUGCCCGGGGAGAUCUGGCCUGGUUUCAGGAAGCCUGAGCUCGUGAGCUUCGCGGACGUGGCCGUGUACUUCUCCCCGCAGGAGUGGGGCUGCCUGCGGCCCGCGCAGAGAGCCCUGUACCGGGAGGUGAUGCGCGAGACCUACGGCCUCCUGGGCGCGCUCGCAUCAGUCACCUUCCAUUCCCAGGGCUUCCUCGGGAGUCUCCAUUCAGGGUUCCCGGGCCCCAAACCAGCUCUCAUCUCUUGGAUGGAACAGGAGAGUGAGGCUUGGAGCCCCGCCGCCCAGGAUCCUGAGGAGGGGGAGAGCCUGGGAGGAGCUCCGAGAGGAGACACUUCAGAUAAGAAGGAAGAGGGCUGCAAGGAAGGAGCCGAGAGGCCUGCGGAGACUCCUGCUCUGUUGCCGUCGAAAGAGGUGGUUGAACAUAAGACUCAUUCCAUGGUUCCCAAGUCCUCUGCAGGGGUACAGCCACCUCCCAGAGCUGUCCCAGGCCAGGUAGCAGGCGCGCAGCUUCCUGCCCAGGUACCCAGCACAGAUGUGCAGGACAGCCAGCGGCGCCAUGUGUGUGUGGACUGUGGGCGCCGCUUCACCUACCCGUCACUGCUGGUCAGCCACCGGCGCAUGCACUCGGGUGAGCGACCCUUCCCCUGCCCAGAGUGCGGCAUGCGGUUCAAGAGGAAGUUUGCCGUGGAAGCACACCAAUGGAUCCACCGUUCCUGCUCAGGGGGUCGCCGUGGCCGUAGGCCUGGCAUCCGGGCUGUGCCUGGAGCCCCAGUCCGAGGUGACCGGGAUCCACCAGUGCUCUUUCGGCACUAUCCAGACAUCUUUGAGGAGUGUGGGUGAGCUGAACAGAUGCCUGCAUCUGGAGAAGAGCAUGAGCUUGGUACUAAGAACCCACCAGUCAAGACUUGGGAAAUGAAAUACAUCACUUUGACUUUUCUCAAGGAUCCCUUGUAAACUUGUAAAAAGAAAAGUGCCUGUAAAGAUUCAUAUAGAUUAAACCCGACCCCUGUUCCCCUC